CGUUUGUAAUCGUUUUAAUCGUAAUGUACCCUUAGAUUGAGAAUUCACUCACGAUAUUUAGACAAAACAACAAACUGAUAAAGUAAUAAAUACACAAAUACAUAUAAGAGUAUAUGUAAAUACAUGACUUUCGCAUUUGAAAGCGGCAUAUUUAUAAAUCGGAACCUUAUAUUCCUGUUCUAAUUUACAAAAUGGCACUUCGUUGGGGAAUUGCCUCAUCUGGUAAAAUCGCUCAUGAUUUUGUAACAGCAGUUAAAGGUCUUCCUGUGGAGGAACAUCAAGUUGUGGCUGUGGCAGCCCGAUCUCUUAACAGUGCAACAAAUUUCGCAAAUAACCAUAACAUUCCUAAAUACUAUGAAGGUUAUGAAAAACUGGCAAAGGAUCCGGAUGUACAAGUUGUUUACAUCGGCGUACUAAAUCCACAACAUUAUGAAGUUACAAUAUUAAUGCUUAACAAUGGAAAACACGUUCUCUGUGAAAAACCAUUUGCCAUUAAUCAAAAACAAGCAAAAAAAAUGAUUGAUUUAGCAAAAAGCAAAAAUUUGUUUAUUAUGGAAGCUAUAUGGUCUAGAACUUUUCCAGUUUAUCGUGAAGUUAGAAAAUUACUUGAUGAAGGUGCAAUUGGAGAGAUAAAACAUGCUCAAAUUGACUUCGGCUUUCCCUUAGAGAAUGUUGAUCGUAUCAAAGAUAAACAACUUGGAGGUGGAGCGAUUUUAGAUUUGGGAAUUUAUAUUUUACAAUUCCAACAAUUUAUUUACAGAGAACUAAAGCCAGUUAAGGUUGUAGCGGCAGGUCAUAUUACCAAAGAAGGUGUAGAUGAAUCCGCAUCUGCUAUAUUCACAUAUCCCAAUGGAAAGACUGCAGUGGUAACCUGCAAUGCUACUGCGCAAAUGACUAAUGAAGCUGUUAUUAUCGGUACCAAAGGAACUAUUCGAAUUCCAACAUUCUGGUGCCCUACUACUUACUCUAUUAAUGGCAAAAUUAAAGAAAUCCCUUUAAUCGAGAAUACUGGAACGUUCAAUUAUACUAACUCGGCGGGGCUUGCUUACGAAGCCGCAGAAGUUCGAAAACAAAUAAUUCAAGGUAAAAUAGAAAGCGACCAGAUUACACAUGAAGAGACCUUGCAACUUUCAGGAUGGAUGGAUAUAUUAAGAAAAGAAGUUGGGGUGAUUUUCCCCGAAGACUCAGAUUAAGUCUUUUUUAAUUAUUGUUAUCUAUAUAUUUUUCACUAUUUAAAAUAAAUAUCUCCUUACUUGUAUUA